GCUCUCCGGCUGGCUUCUCUGACGUCAGAGGCGAGCGCACGGAGAGCCAGUGACGAAGGCGGAAGCGGCGCCCGAGAGAGAGCGAGAGAAAAAGUAGCUGGUGGAGGCGGUGGGAUAGUCGCGUCUUCCCUUGUGUCGUUCCUCCCUCCCUCCUCCGCGGCAGGAGAGCUCCGCCAUGGAGGUGCAAGAUGGUGGUCAAGAAUUGGUGGGUUCUACUUCCACACAUGCAGCAGGCAAGUCAAAGCUGGACACAUUGCCAAAAGAAGAUCUUAUCAAAUUUGCAAAGAAGCAAAUGAUGCUUAUGCAGAAAGUGAAAUCAAGAUGUGCAGAAUUAGAGAAGGAGAUUCAAGAACUGAAAACAAAAUCUGUUGCAGGAGGAACUGACGAUAUUAUUCAGGAACUGACAGAGAGGCUGGACGGUGUUCUUCUGGAAAAAGCAGAAAUCCAGCAGCAGUGUCAUGCUCUGAAAAAAGAAAAUAUGAAAAUGCAACAAGAAGCAGAGGCUACUUUAACUAAGGAGGAAGAAUUGCAGAAGCAGAUUGUACAGUUUAAUACUGACCACCUGAAAGAAAUGGAAAGUCUUAAGAAUGAAAUGGCAAUGGCACACUCUAAACAUGAAGAAAUUGUAAGCAAGCUGCAAAAGGAACUACACGCAGAACUGAAGAAACAAGAACAGCUCACAGAACAGCUGGAAUGCCACAGGGGUAGAAACGAAGAAAUGAAAAGGCUUCAGGAGGAGGUCCAUCAGACAAAGGCCAUCUAUGAGGAACAGAUCUUGAACUUGAAGAAACAGCUGGAAACUUCCAUUGAGGGUAGGGAGGAGGAAAUAGCCAAACUUCAAGAUGUUAUUGAAAAUAAUUCUAAGUGCCACCAAAAAGAAAUCAGCACAUUAAGUGAAGAAAUGGGUAAAUUGAAGGCUGCUCACCAAGAGGAGAUGUCAAAGUUGAUAUGUCAGCUGGAAGCCUCUGCUAAAGUAUGUGAAGAGGAGCAAAAUAAAAUUGAUCAGCUAAAACAAGAUUUAACAGAGCAAUACAGGGAAAAAGAGAAAAGCAUGUGGGAUGAACUACAUGCUUGUAAAGAGAAGUAUGAACAUGAAUUGAGGCAUGUAAGACAAACUCUUAUAAAGAAUGAUGAAAACCAAUUAGAGACCAGUGCAUCGUUGGAACCAGAAGUGGCAGAAAAGACCAGGCAUUUAGAGAAUGUGUUAAAAGAGCUGGAGUCUCAGCAUAGUAUACUAAGGGAUGAAUUAACCUAUAUGAACAAUGUUAAGACCAAACUGGAACUGGAAAUCCAGCAUGCAAGGGAUGAAUAUUUUCAUGAGAGAGAAGAUUUAGAGUUCAAAAUUAAUGAGCUGCAACUUGCCAAAGAGGAGCACUGUUGUGUAAUAGAAAAACUGAAAUCGGAGCUUCAGGCAGCAAGAGACCGAUAUGAGAAGGCUAUAAAUGAGAACAGUCUAGAAAUCCAAGAUUUGGUAGAAAAGCACAGGAGAGAAAUCUGUGAGAUUAAACGAACAGUGUCAUCUACCUUAGAGAGAGAAAACCAGUCACUGAUUCUUGAAGUACAGGAUCUUAAAGAACAAUGUCAAAGACAUGUCGAAGAGAAGGAAGAAGCAAUUGCUAGUUAUGAGAGCUUGCGAGAAACAAUGGAAGUCCUACAAACUGAGUUGGGGGAAUCAGCUGGAAAGAUAAAGCAAGAAUUUGAAUCCAUGAAGCAGCAGCAAGCCUCUGAUGUUGAUGAGCUCCAAAAGAAACUUAGAAUUGCUUUCAAUGAAAAGGAUGUUCUCCUCGAAACAGUAAAUCGUCUCCGAGAAGAGGCAGAACAGUUUUCCUCCCAAAGAGAAGAGAUGGAAGAACUGAGGCAUAAAAUAGGAUCACUUCAGGAAGAAAAUGAGAAACUUGUAACUUCUCUUAAUCAAAAAGAGGCUGCAGUCAAAGAACUGGAAGCGAGGGAACAGGAGCUUGCUUUAAAGAAUACUAGCAUCCUUGAGGAAAUGAAGUGCUCCGCAGAGAAAGUAGAAAGCCUUCAAGGGAAAUGUGAAGUGGAGAAGGCGACGGUCAUGGAACUUCAAAAAGAGGUUGAGGCUCUUGGCCUUUGCAAAUGUGAAUUAGAGCAACAAGUAAGGGAGUUAAUGGAGAAGCUGAAGUGCACUUCGGUGGAAAAAGAAAAGGAUCAACAAAAGCUGGGAGAAUUUGAUCAACAAAUUGAAACUCUUCAGAAAGAUCAAGUGUAUCUUCUCUCUGAAGUAGAGAAUCUGCAUGGGGAAAACAAUAAAAUAAAGGAAGAAAGAGAUCAAGCAGUCAAGGAGUUAGAGAACAUUGUAUCUGAAAAAGGGGACUGGCUCACAUCUAAAGAGAAAGCAGGCAGCUUGGAAAUAAAACUGCAAGCUGUCUGUGAAGAAAAGGGCCAUUUAACUAAACUACUUGAGGAGGAAAAAGGCUUCAGAUCACUUGUCCUCAGUCAGCUGCAUGGUUUCUGUGAGAAAAUGGGCUCCAGAUGUCCAGAUGAAAGUGAAGGAGAUGAUAUUGUUGGUAUACUGCAAGCUGCAAAUGAAUUCUUUGCAAAAAUGAAGCAAGAGGAACAAAAUCUAGCUUCACAGAAGGAUGAAAAUGUUCUUCUACGGCAGGAGAUACAGAGGCUUCAGGAAGAAAGCAUGGCUGACUGUACGGAGCUUAGAUCUCUCUUGAAUGAUUACGAAAAAGAAAAGUGCCUUUUACGGGAAGAAUUGGAAGGGACUGUCUCUGAAAAAGAAGCCCUUCAGUUAGAUAUCCAAGAGCUCAAACACACUAGUGAGAAAGUCAGGAAUGAGAACCAAGAUCUUCUCGUUCGUAUUCAGGAUAUGUCUGGACAACUUGCACUUCAGGAAGGCAAAAUAAAAGAGCAAGAGGAAAAAUGGAAAGAAGAGCGGAAGAAUCUAAACUUAAUGGUGGAGCAAAAAGAAAUUGAACUCAGAAGUGUGGAAGCUGAACUGUCUCUGCUAAAGGGAUCUGAAGAAGCAACUUCUGUUAAUGCUGAUCAGCAGUCAUCAGAACUAGAAAAAAUAGUGAAUUUGGAAAAAAUGCUGAAAGAAAAGGAAGAAAAGCUAAAUAAAAUUAAAGCUGUUGCUGUGAAGUUAAGGAAAGAAUUGGAUUCUAGCAGGAAAGAGGUGCAGACACUUAGAGAAGAACUGUCAUUAUCACUGCGGGAGAAAGAGCAACUGUCUUCCUCAAUGGGAGACUUUAUUCAGGCAGCCGAGAGCUAUAAGAAUCUGUUAUUAGAGUUUGACAAGCAAGCAGAGCAGCUGGAUUUUGAAAAAGAGCGCUCUCGUAAUUUUGAACAUCAAAUCGAUGACCUCACAAGACAGCUGGAGAGUUCAACUCAGCAGGAAGAUCAGCUGCGCUCUACUAAUGAAGACCUCUUGACUCGGGUUGAGACACUGCAGACUAACACCAAGCUGUUAGAAAACCAGCUGUUAGAAACACAGAAAGCUAAAGCCAAAACUGAGAAAGAACUUGAAGCUGAAAAACUUUUAAAGGAACAAAAGAUAAAGGGCCACACUAAUGCUGUGAAAGAAGUUGAAGAACUCCAGAUACAACUUCAGAAAGAAAAGAAGUGUCUUCAAAAAGUUUUGGAGGAGCUGGAGUUGGCAAAGAAGGAUGCACAGAAGAGCACAUUGAUGGAUAUGGAAAUAGCUGAUUAUGAACGUUUUGUAAAAGAACUUAAUCAAAAGAUUACUGACAAAAGCAGCAGAAUUGAAGACCUUGAACAAGAGAUUAAAAUUCAGAAACAGAAGCAUGAAAUGCUACAGGAUGAAAUCAAAUCAUUUCAGAGUUCUGUGCAACAAUAUGAGGGGAAAAAUGCCAAGAUCAAGCAAUUACUGGUGAAAACAAAAAAAGAGUUGUCCGAUUCAAAGCAGGCAGAAAAUGAACUUCUGAGAUUGCAGGCAUCAUUAAAAGGAGAGCUGGAAGCAAGUCAGCAGCAAGUGGAAGUUUUUAAGAUUCAGUUGGCUGAGAUAACCUCUGAAAAACACAGAAUUCAGGAGCAGCUGCGGAUGUCCCUAGAGCAGCACCAGCGGGUUCAGAGUAAUUACCAGCAGAAAUUGGCUGCUCUCCAAGAAGAAUACAGUGCAGCAAAGGCAGAACACGCUGCUGUCACUGCUGACUUUGAGAGCUACAGAGUACGUGUUCACAAUGUUUUAAAACAGAAGAACAAAACUUCUCAGUCUGAAACGGAUGUGACUAAGCAAGAAAGAGAGCACAUGGAAAAGGUAAUAGAUCAGCUGAGGAUCAAAUUGCAAGACACUCAACAUAACUUGCAGAUUCAUGUCACUGAGCUUCAGUCACUGCAAUCAGAACAUGAUACCCUGCUGGAAAGGCACAAUAAGAUUCUUCAGGAAACGGUGGCCAAAGAAGCAGAGCUCCGAGAGAAGCUCUGCACAAUACAAUCUGAGAACAUGGUCAUGAAGUCAGAGCAUGCACAGAUGGUGAGCCAGCUGACAGCCCAAAAUGAAGCUCUUCGGAACAGCUUCCGUGAUCAGGUCAGGCAUUUGCAAGAGGAGCACAGGAAGACUGUGGAGACUUUACAGCAGCAGCUAUCCAAAGUCGAAACCCAGCUCUUUCAACUCAAAAGUGAGCCGAAUGCAAAAAGUCCUGCUGUUUCCAGCCUCCCAACAAAGAGCUUGCGAGAACGCAAGAGUGCUGAACUCCCUCUUCUUGAUGUGCACACAAUAGCUAGGGAAGAGGGUGAAGGGAUGGAAAUGACGGACACAGAAUCUGUGUCUUCUUCCAGCACACCUGUACCUUCCUUGGAACAGCUUCUUAACACCCCAGAAACAAAAUUUGAACCUCCUCAAUGGGAAGCAGAGGUCACAAAAGAGCAGCUAAUCCAGAAGUUAAAUACUACAUCAAAGAGUGCUGAGCAUUUAAAUGGGUUGCUGCGUGAAUCAGAAGCGACCAAUGUAAUCCUAAUGGAACAAAUAAAGCUUCUGAAAAGUGAAAUACGACGUUUAGAAAGGAACCAAGAACGAGAGAAAUCUGUUGCUAAUCUGGAGUAUUUGAAGAAUGUCUUGUUGCAGUUUAUCUUUCUGAAAUCAGGCAGUGAAAGAGAGAGGCUCCUUCCAGUAAUAGAUACCAUGUUGCAGUUGAGUCCAGAAGAAAAAGGAAAACUGAUUGCAAUUGCACAAGGUGAGGAGGAAAGUACGUCACAACCGUCUGGGUGGGCAUCAUACCUGCACAGCUGGUCAGGACUCCGAUAAGACUUUGAGAGUUGUCACUGCAGACAUAUAGAAUCUGCAAUUGCACUGGAAGGAACCUCACACUGAAGAAUGAAGAAUGUAUGCAUACAUAGCAAAGGAUAAACUGUAUCACUUUU